AUGGGCAACGGGAGAUUUGGAGCCGGAAUUUCUGGGGGUAUCGGAUUUGGCACGGGGGGUAUAGCAGGUUUCAAUAAUGGAUUUCAUGGAGGUACAGAUGCCUGGGUGCGCGGCCAGAACCAGAUCAGUGCUUAUGAAGAAGACAACUUGAGUCGGAGUUCUUCUCCUCCAAGCCGCCCUGGAAUGCCAGGUUCCAAAAUUUCAGGGGGAAUCGGAGGCAACGGUGGAAACGGCGCACUCGGAGGUCGUGGCGGAACUGGGCAAGGUGUUCGUAUUCGAGAGGAGAGUCGUUUCAGAGAAAUCACUGGUGGGACUGGAGGAAAUGGUGGGACGGGAAGCGCAAAUGGAGGCGAUGGGGGUACCGGAGAAGGUGUUUGGAUCGGAGACAGUGACCGCAGUCCUUCGGUCUCUGAGUAUGGGACACCAGCGUCUGAUUACUCCCCUCCCUCGACCAUCGGAAGCCCUCGUUCAGGUGCUUCAGCUCGUCUCCCAGCCAUGAGCCUUGAAGCAUUUUGCGCACGCUACUCUCUUAGUGAGAGAAUCGAACACCUCCUCCAGGAGCAAGGCUAUGAAACGGCUGGAGGGUUGUUCGGAGUGUCAGAACAGGACUUGUCCGAGGCAGGUCUGAAGAAAGGGCAGAUUGGUGAGGUCAAGCGUGCGGUCAGAGCUUGGUUGGCUGAGAACGACAUAUCCCCUCAUUGA